AUGCGGCUUUAUACUGUUUAUUAUUUAGCUUUUCCAAAAAAGAAUGGAGGUCCACAGACCGGCAAUCAAUCUAUUGCAAAACCUGCUGCUGCCGCUAAAAAACCUGUUGCUGCCGCUGCUGCCAAAAAGAAACCUCCGCCAAAGCGCGCCACGUACAAUGAAUGGCAGAGUGGUCCAGGUUACUUUGGAGGCAACUCAGCAGGAAGAGACCGUUUCAGGCAAAGGCCAGGCCGACCUUUCCAAGAUACGCGUCCACGGGAAAUCCCAUCACUCCUUUCGGCUAGUCGUGGUCCUUCUGGUGUGUCGCCCUGGUCAAGACCACCUUUCCAAGAGGAUGUGCGUAGUUUGGAACAAGUGAUGCGCCGAGCUGCUCAUGACAAUUCGUCAUCUUUCGACACAGCAAGGCAGGUGGACAGAAUGGGACUUGGCCCCGCUAUG